CACCUCAGCGUCGCACACACGGACACCUCAGCGUCGCACACACGGUCUCUGCACAUUUCAUCGCUCCGUACUUCCCGGGGAGAACUCUCAUCCAAGAUGCGGCAGCCGCUCGAACAUCUUCUUCUUCCGGCCAUCUGCCUCGCGAUGCUCCUGUCCUCUGAUGCUGCGGGCUGUACUGAUGCUGCGAGCUCGGAAGAGAAACCGGCGGCGUGUGGUACUGAUGCUGCUGCGGAUGAGGAUGCUGCGGGAGGAGGAGGACAGACGUGCAGUCAGCGAGAGCGGGAGUCGUGCCCGCGUCCCGACAUAGACCCGUCCGGCUACCUCAUCUUCUGUCUGUGCAUGGGAAGAUUCGGCAACAAGGUCGACCACUUCCUCGGCGGGCUGGCGUGGGCGAAGCGCGUAAACCGCACCCUGGUGCUGCCGCCGUGGUUAAGCGCAGAGGGCAGCGCCCCCUACGAAACCCUUUUUAGCGUCGACGCCGUGCGCCGCUACCAUCGCGUCAUCACCGCCGACGACUUCAUGCGCCAGGUGGCGCCGCUCGUGUGGCCGCCGGAGAAGCGCGUCGGCAUGUGCUACGUGCGUAACCACGGCGACGACUGCAAGAUGGUGCACGGGCAGCCGUUCGGCAGCUUCUGGCGCGCGCUCGGAAUCGAGUUCGUCCGCGAGAUCCCGUACACGUUCACCUACCACGCGACGGACGCCUUCAACGCCACCUUCCCGCCGUCGCGCUACCCCAUCCUCGCCCUCAAGGGGGCGCCGGCGUCCUACCCCGUGAACGCUGGCCACCGCGACCUGCAGCGCCACCUGGUGUGGUCCGACGAGAUGGCGGCGGAAGGCCGCGCGCACGUGCUCCGCCUCUUCGGCGGACACCGUUUCGUCGGCGUGCACCUGAGGAACAACUACGACUGGGAGCGCGCGUGCGCGGGCGUGCACCGCUACACCAACUACAUGUCGUCAUCGCAGUGCCUCGGCGACCGGCCGCCCGUCGGCGCGGUAACGGCGGAGAUGUGCCUGCCGUCGCCGGCGGAGGUCGUGCGUGCGACGCGGCGCGCGGCGAUCGCAGCCGACGCGAAGUUCGUCUACGUCGCGUCCGACCGCGAUCCGAUGCUCGCCGCGCUGCGCGAGGGGCUGGCCGACCUCUCUGCGCAGGUGGUGCACCUCGACAGAAAGGUCGCGCCGGUGCGGACGGAGGUCGACCUGGUCGUGCUCGCGAUGGCGGACCACUUCGUCGGAAACUGCGUCUCGUCGUUCACGGCCUUUGUGAAGAGGGAGCGAGACGUCCGCGGGAAACCGUCGUCGUUCUUCGGAAUCGACGAGUGAGUGAGUGAGUGAGUGAGUGAGUGAGGUACGGUCGUCCGCUCGACAAAGACUCAUUAUGUCAUCUAACGAGGUCAUCUAACGAAGACAUUUAACGAAGACAUCUGUCGCUGACUCAGCGAAGACA